AUGGCUACCACGAAGGCUGAAUUCACCGACUUCUUCCCGCAGCUGGUCAACGACAUCGUCUCUGAGCUGCCGUCGUUUGGAGCGACGGACGAGAUGAUUUCGCGGAUCCAGCAGAUGAUCGAGUACAACGUGGACACGGUCAAGAUUAUGCGGGGCGAGAGCACUCUGCCCAAGGACAUCAACGAGAAGGCGAUGGUUCUGGGGUGGGCGGUGGAGUGGCUGCAGGCGUUCUUCCUGGUGGCGGACGACAUCAUGGACGAGUCGCCGACGCGGCGCGGGCAGCCGGCGUGGUACCGGCGCGAGGACGUCGGGAUCCUGGCAAUCAACGACUCGUUCAUCCUCGAGUCGUGCAUCUACCGGCUGCUGAAGAAGUACUUCCGCAGCGACCCGUACUACAUUGACCUGGUGGAGCUGCUGCACGAGACGUCGUACCAGACCGAGCUCGGCCAGAUGGUGGAUCUGCUAACUGCCCCUGAGAACGACGUCAACCUCGACCGCUUCUCGAUCCAGAAGCACCGCUACAUUGUCGAGUACAAGACUGCCUACUACUCGUUCUACCUGCCCGUGGCCAUGGCGCUGCUGAUGACCGGCACGCCUGCCGACUCGCCUAUUUUCCAGAUCUCCAAGGACAUCCUUAUCCCGCUGGGCGUGUACUUCCAGAUCCAGGACGACUAUCUGGACUGCUAUGGCGCCCCUGAGGUCAUUGGCAAGAUUGGCACGGAUAUCGAGGACAACAAGUGCUCGUGGCUGGUCGUCCAGGCGCUCGACCGCGUCAACGAGGAGCAGCGCAAGGUGCUCAACGACAACUACGGCCGCAAGGCACCCGCCGAGCACGCGCUGCGCGUCAAGGAGCUGUACAAGGAGCUCGACAUUGAGAAGGUCUACAAGGACUACGAGGAGGCUGCCAUUGCUGACAUGGAGAAGAAGAUCAGCGAGGUCGACGAGACCCAGAUCCCCAAGCAGGUCUUCACUGCAUUCCUCAACAAGGUUGCCAAGCGCACCAAGUAA